AUGGCGCCGGAAAACGCUCCGACGGCGGGAGACUGGUACGAGAAAACUCUGCUGUCUGCGCUGAACCGCGGAGCGAAAAUCGCAGGAAACGACACCCGACUGGUGACCCACCUGCGACAACGCAUCCUCCGCCGCUCCAACCCACACGGCCACCCCUAUCCCUUCGACAGCGGACCCAAGGGGGAACAUUUUACCCAGUCUGAAGAGGAGUCCCAGUUGCUCCAGGAUUUGUUUUCUAACAUAGUGGUCGUGGAAGAUCGAUCGAUGUGGACCGACUUGAGGCGAAACACGAAUAAGGUGACGGGCGAGGAUUUGAUCUGCUACCCGUUGGAGACAUUCUUGAUCGCACUGGACGUGAAAACCGUGGAUUUUUUCAGCCUGGAUGUGGAGGGCAUGGAUUACGGAGUUCUCGCCACCAUUCCUUUCCACAUAUUUCGAUUCGAGGUGCUCAUGGUGGAGACGGACAAAGGUAACAGAGAGGAAAUUCUGGCGCUGAUGGCCUCGAAGAAUUACACUCACUUCAUGACAACCGGACCCGAAGACGUAUUUGUGCCCAAUGACGCGAAGAGCAUCAAGUUACGAAAUGAGACUGAUCAAUGA